AUGCGAGGCUCGACCAUGAACGCGAUCACUUCACAUCCACAGGCGAAGAAAGAGCCGCAGUGUCCAAAGACACCAGCCACAAGGCUCCCAGCCUGUGCUGCUGAUUUCUGGCCUGGGGCUGCUGUCAGCAGUCAUGGCAUUGUUCUUGUGCUUCUGCCUUUUGGGUUGCUCAUGAAAUUUGUGACUGUGCAGAAAGGCUUGGAGGACAUCAGUGAGGGGCUGCGUGUUCCAGGAAGCAAGGCAUUCCCCAUUGUCAUGAAGGCUGCUCGUGGCAGUGCCAGCGCUUUGGACCGGGGCAAGGACAAGAUUGUUGCGAGCUUGCCGCCCAACCAAAAGGCUACCGGCUUGGGCGAACUCGACAAACUCCAAAAUGGUUUCCCUAUCUUGUUCGAUGCCAUACAAGACAAAGACAAGGACGAGAUUUUUGUGCAGCAGCAGGAGUUGCUGAACCAUGUUGGCAACAUCGAAGAGGCCAUGGUGAAAGGGUUUCCAUUUGAGGUGCCAUCAGAGUACAACUACUUGCCACAACUGAAGGGGCGGGCUACACUGGAGAUGAAGGUGUCCUUUAAAGAUUCGCCCAAGGGAGACAAAUCUGGAGUAAUGACUCUUGUGUGCGAUGGCUUGAGUGCUCCCGUGUCAGCUGGAAAUUUUGUGGACCUCGUGCAGAAAAAAUUUUACAACGGAAUGGAAAUUCAGCGAGCAGAUGGUUUUGUCGUUCAAACUGGGAGACCUGACAAAGGGGACGGUUACGUGGGACCCUCUGGCGAAGUCCGAAGAAUCCCUCUGGAAAUCCAUGUCGAAGGGGACAAGGAGCCCAUAUAUGAGCUCACGCUUGAGGACAUUGGGCGAUUCAACGAACAGCCACUCCUGCCCUUCAAUGCUUAUGGCACGAUGGCGAUGGCGCGCUCGGAAUUUGAGAACAACUCUGCUUCCAGCCAAGUGUUCUUCUUGCUUAAAGAGUCUGAACUCACUCCCUCAAGUGCAAAUCUGCUGGAUGGGCGAUAUGCUGUGUUUGGGUACAUCGUGGAGGGACAGGACUACCUUGGAGAAAUGCAUGUUGGUGACAAGAUCGACUACAUCAAAGUUUUGGACGGUGCUCAAUUCCUGCAGCCAGGGAGCGGCCAGGCUCCUCAGGCCGAACCAGAGGCUUGA